CCCAAUUCCCCACCCGCCUGGCGCCCUGGCCACCCAAACCUGCAAACCCUAGACCACACACAGCACGGCCACAGGAGGAGGCGUGCGGCGGGGGCUGCGUGCGGCGGCUGGCGGCGGGAGCCGUGGAGGCGUCUGGCGUGGUCGCGUGGAGCGGCGCGGCGGCGGCCGGCGGGAGCCAUGGAGGCGUGGAGCACUGGAGCAGCGUGCGGCGCGGCCGCGGUAUGCAGCGGCGCGGGCGCACCGUGACCGACGGCGUGCCGCGUGCGGCAGCCGGCGCGGCAGGGGCCCAGGAGGCAGCCAGGCAGGAGGCUGCUCCUGGCUGUCAGCCGAGCAGGUGCUGCACAGCUGCAGCCUGCAGGUCGGCGUCCGCCGUUCCGCGCCGGCGCGCCGAGGCCCAAGGCAGCCGGCGGCUGCGCGCUGCGGCCGUGCGGCACCCUGCUUGCCGGCGGCUGCUUGCCCUGCCCUGCCCUGCAAAUUCCGGACAAGCACAGGUCUUUUCUUCAAUGAACCACAUCAAAAACAAGCUGAGAAACAAGAUGGGGCACAAAUAUUUGAAUAAAUGUUUGGUUACAUUCAUUGAAAGAGAAUUCUUUUUGCAAGCUAAGGACAAGGACAUCAUCGAUUAUUUCCAAAAUAUCAAGCGUCGAAAAGUUAAUAUCUAAAUUGUAAGUUUUCUUCCUAACUUAUUAUUUUCUAUCAUUUUUGUAUUCCAUAUUUUGACACAUUGAUACGUUUGGUAUUAGUAUUUCUAUAAGUUAAACAAUUUCUAGUGAUGAUCAAUUCUAUCACUGUGUGAACUAAUGAUCAAUUUUAUGUUCUAUAUAUACGCUAUAAAUUAUAAUUAUUAGUGUAUCAUAAUAUACAAGCCCAUUUUUUGGCUUUUAGGUGUAUGAACAUUUUUUUUACCCCUUCCUAUUUCGAAUACCCAAGUUUAAAAAGCUGGGCCCGCCACUGGUUUGAGCGCCUCAAGCAUCUCACCCAUCUCAACCUGUCCGAUGCGAGCAUCCAAGGCAAGAUACCAGUUGGGAUAAGGCACCUGACCAAUUUGGUAUCUCUUGACCUCUCCACAACAUUUUAUCUUAUAGAUCAGGACGACUAUUACCUCUCAUUCGGUACAUGGUCAGAUCCUUCUUGGUGGGUCGUAGAACCAAACAUUGGGUCGCUAGUAGCAAAUCUCAGCAGUUUGAGAGAGCUUUAUCUCGGCAGGGUGGACUUGUCUGACAACGGUGAAGAUUGGUGCACUGCCUUAACAAACUCCAGUACUCCUCAACUCCAGGUUCUGAGUUUACGGCAUUGCAGACUCUUUGGUCCCAUCUGCACAUCUCUCUCUAGCAUACAUUCACUCACUGAGAUUAAUCUACAGUAUAAUGACCUGUAUGGUCCAGUUCCAGACUCCUUCGCUGAUUUGCACUUCUUACGCGUUCUUGAUCUUGCUGAUAAUGAUCUUGAAGGAUUGUUUCCAAAAAGAAUAUUACAAAACAGGAACUUAACAACUGUUCAUAUCAGCUAUAAUACCAACAUCUACGGUUCUUUGCCCAAUUUCUCACCAGACAGUAGCUUGACAACUUUGAUUGUUAGCAGCACAAACUUCUCUGGUCCUAUUCCCAGUUCCAUAGGCAAUCUCAAAUCGUUGAACGAGUUGGGCGUUGCAUCAAAUGACUUUAGACAAGAGCUUCCCUCUUCAAUUGGACAACUCACAUCCUUAAAAUUAUUAGAGGCAACAGGAGCUGGUAUAGUAGGAACUAUACCAUCUUGGAUCGCAAAUUUAACCUCCUUGGUACUUCUCCGGUUCUCUAAUUGUGGUCUAUCUGGACCGAUACCUUCUUCAAUAGGUAAUCUCAAGAACCUAACUAGAUUAGAAUUGUAUAGGUGCAAUUUUUAUGGUACAAUAUCGCCACACAUUUUCAAUCUAACUCACUUAAAAGUAAUGUAUCUCCAUUCGAACAACCUCACUGGUACUGUGGAGCUCAGCUCAUUCUGGAAACUACCUCACCUCUUUAGUUUGAAUCUUUCAGGCAACAGACUCACCGUAGUAGAUGGUGACGUUAACUCUUCGCAUGUUAAUAAUAUGGACAUAUUGCGUCUAGCAUCAUGUAACAUGUCCAAGUUCCCUGAUGCCUUGAGGCACAUGAGUUUUAUUCAUUAUCUUGACCUUUCAGACAAUAAAAUCCCUGGCGCUAUACCUCAAUGGGCAUGGGAAACCUGGAGCCAGUUGGUUCUCCUAAACAUAUCACACAACAAAUUCAGCAGCGUAGGAUGCAACGCUCUUCCCGUUGAUAUAGAGUCUGUUGAUCUCAGUUUUAACCAAUUCGAAGGGCCUAUAUGUUAGACUUAAUCUUGUCGUUUGUGUUUUUUUUCAUCCUAUCAAGUUGUGUUUAGCUAAUUAGUGGUUUGUGUCCACGUUAGUUUUUCCAUGUGUGUACUGAGCAGUGAGCAGGUCAAUAGUAUGUGUGAUUUAGUUUGACCAGGGAGGCCAUGAUCUGCAUGCAAGUGAAGCAUGGAUUCUUGGCGAGAAGACUGGAUCAGACGGCUCAUGCAUGUGUUGGUUAGUGAUUUAGUGGUGCUCUGCAUGCAGCGAGUUGUGCCUUGCAUGUAAGAAGGUGAUUAGAGGAUAAUCCACGGGAGGUGCUUGCCGGUUUGUGCGGCAAGACGUGGCUUAACCUGUGCGUGUGUGUGGUCUAUUUAACCAAUGUAAUCAGCAUUUGUUAAAGUGUGCCAAAAGUGAAGUGAAAAACAAGUGUUUGUGCUGUGUGCGCUGGUGUGCAGCGUGGAAAUCCUUGCGUACUGUUCAUCUUCUUCCUCCGUCAGUUCAUCAUCUCUCUGUGUGUGUUUUAUCAAGUGAGAAAGAGAGAGGUGUGUGUGCGAGUGAGUGUUUGGGCUGACAAGUGGUAUCAGAACCUCGUUCGAGAGAUGCCGAAGAUCGGCGAUGGCAGCAAGGCUGUUGCCGGCGACGACGACAACAGCAAGCUAGUGGUGCAGCAAGUGAAGGAGGCAGGGGUGACGCUACGUUACCCCAUGCUCGGGGAGAACAACUACGGCAUUUGGGCGGUGAAAAUGAAAAUUUUCAUGCACGCACAAGGGGUGUGGGCUGCUGUGGAGGGCGACGCAGCCGAUGAGAAGAUCGACCAAAUGGCUCUCGCCGCCAUUGUCCAAGCUGUGCCGGAGGCCGUGGUGAUGGCCAUAUCCGAGAAGGAGACGGCGAAGGAGGCGUGGGAUGCCCUCAAGCAGAUGAACAUGGGUGAAGAGCGUGUCAAGAAGGCUCGAGUACAAACCCUCAAGAGGGAGCUUGAUGGUAUGUACAUGAGUAAUUCUGAGAAAAUUAAUGAUUUUGCUUUAAAGGUUACCACGAUCGUGAACGAGAUUCGCUCUCUCGGCACGAAAGUGGAGGAGACCACGGUGGUGGAGAAGCUCUUGCAUUCCGUUCCCGACAAGUUCCAACCCCUCAUAAGCACCAUCGAGCAAUGGGGGGAUGUGUCGGAGAUGACGGUGACGGAGACGAUCGGGCGUUUGCGGGCGUUCGAGGAGUCUUCAAAGGGGCAACGACGUGACAAAGAGGGGGAGCAGCAGUUGUUGGCCGCGUGUGCCGAGCCACGGCUGACGCGUGCUGAGUGGGAGGCGAAGGUUGCUGAAGAGAGCAGUGGUGGCUCCGGUAGCAACGGUGUUGGUGAGAAGAAGUUUCGCGGCAAGUUCGACAAGUCGAAGAUUGAGUGUCACAGGUGUGGCAAGUUCGGACACUUCGCCGACGAGUGUGACGAGCCGCGGAAAAUGACCAAGGCAGUGGUGCAGCUUGCUAUUGCCGACGCAGAUGAUGAACCCACUUUGCUGUGAAGACCAUGUGGAGGUGCAGAAUAAAGACAACAAGAUUAGGGGGUGAUUGUUAGACUUAAUCUUGUCGUUUGUGUUUUUUUUCAUCCUAUCAAGUCGUGUUUAGCUAAUUAGUGGUUUGUGUCCACGUUAGUUUUUCCAUGUGUGUACUGAGCAGUGAGCAGGUCAAUAGUAUGUGUGAUUUAGUUUGACCAGGGAGGCCAUGAUCUGCAUGCAAGUGAAGCAUGGAUUCUUGGCGAGAAGACUGGAUCAGAUGGCUCAUGCAUGUGUUGGUUAGUGAUUUAGUGGUGCUCUGCAUGCAGCGAGUUGUGCCUUGCAUGUAGGAAGGUGAUUAGAGGAUAAUCCACGAGAGGUGCUUGCCGGUUUGUGCGGCAAGACGUGGCUUAACCUGUGCGUGUGUGUGGUCUAUUUAACCAAUGUAAUCAGCAUUUGUUAAAGUGUGCCAAAAGUGAAGUGAAAAACAAGUGUUUGUGCUACGUUUGGAGUUUUCUUGGAGUGUAGUAUGGCUCUUCCCCUUUCCGCCAAUCGGAGUUAUGCUUAACCGCCGUAGUACAGCUUUUGUUGACAUUUUCUUUCUUUCCUUGGCAUAAGCCAGUCUGGCUGAUUGCGUUGUGUAUCAAAACUCUAUUCCAUCUAAUAUAUUAAUGUGCAAUCUUUUUACGUGUUCGCGAAAAAACAUGCGAUUUCGCUAUAUUCGCAUUUUAUAUGUUGUGAGUUGUGACCUCAUUUCAUUGUACUAGUAAAUAACUGGUUUGGAGAGUUGGAUGGCCCAUGCAUGACUGGCGCGGAGUCACGACGAGUCCGGCCAGUCCACCACCCGUCAGUGCUUACGCUGUUAGCCUGUUACGGCAGCUGCACGGUAAGCUCGCCUCCUAGUCCUAGCCUCCUAGGCUCCUAGCCAGUCAUUCAUUCCAUCUGUCUGAAAUCAGGGAUAAAAAUGGGGACAGAAAAAAUGAAGAAAAAAAAGGCAAUAGAUUCAGGCUUGCCAUAGUACUGCCAUUGAUGUAUAUAUACACAGUACACAAGGUACACCUCGAAGCUAGUUCUCCGAUAAACUAAACCACACCAAGACACCAAGUUGAUCGUCGGCGACAUGUCGUCCCCAAUUGCCAUUGGUCGUCGACACGGGCCACCACCACUGCUACUACACCUGCUCAUCCUUCAUCUCCUGUUAGGCUUCCAACACCUCUGCUACUCCCUUGCCACGUACAGCAACCGAAGUACUGCUGCCAUGCCGGCCCCGUGCUUGCCCGACCAGGCAGCGGCGCUGCUCCGCCUGAAACAUUCCUUCAACAUGACCAACAAGUCCGAGUGCACCCUCGCAUCAUGGCGCGCCGGCACGGACUGCUGCCGCUGGGAGGGCGUCCGCUGCGGCGUCGGCAUCGGCGUUGGCCAUGUGACCUCGCUUGACCUCGGUGAGUGCGGAUUGGAGAGCGCUGCUCUUGACCCUGCGCUUUUCGAGCUCACUUCGCUCAGGCACCUUAACCUCGCGUGGAACAAUUUCAGCGGGUCUCAUAUUCCCACCAUUGGGUUCGAACGGCUCACUGAGCUCACCUACCUCAAUCUCUCCAACUCCAAAUUUGCAGGCCAGAUACCAAAUACAAUAGGACGUCUCACUAAUUUGAUAUCCCUUGACCUCUCCACUGAUUUUUUCCUUAUUGAUCUAGAUGAUGAGUUCUUAUCAGUUGCCACCUAUUCACCCGCUUGGUUACUUGUGGCACCAAACAUUGUGUCAAUAGUCGCAAACCUCCACAACCUGAAGGAACUUUAUAUGGGCACAAUAGACUUGUCCAGCAACAGCAUGGUACAGUGGUGCAGUGCCUUUUCAAACUCCACUACCCCUCAACUUCAGGUCCUUAGCUUACCAUAUUGCUACCUCGAGGUUCCCAUUUGUGAAUCAUUGUCGGGUAUACGCUCACUGAGUGAGAUUAACCUACAGUACAACUUCAUACACGGUCCCAUUCCAGAGUCCUUUGGAGAUUUACCUUCCCUAAGUGUUCUUAGUCUUACACACAACAGUCUAGAAGGGAGCUUCCCAAGUAGAAUCUUCCAGAACAAAAACUUAACCUCUGUUGAUGUUAGGUACAACUUCGAACUCUCCGGUUCGUUGCCAAAAAAUAUCUCAUCAAAUGACAUUUUGGUAGAUCUUCUUGUUAGCAGUACUAACUUCUCUGGUCCAAUCCCUAACUCAGUAGGCAACAUCAAAUCCUUGGAAAAUUUGGGUGUUGCAUCAAGUGACUUCUCCCAAGAGCUUCCCUCUUCUAUUGGCCAGCUGAGAUCGUUGAAUUCGUUAGAGAUUACAGGGGCUGGUGUAGUAGGAGCAGUACCAUCUUGGAUUGCAAAUUUGACUUCAUUGACCCUUCUCGACUUCUCGAACUGUGGCUUAUCUGGGAAGAUACCAUCUGCGAUAGGUGCUAUCAAGAAUCUGAAGAGGUUAGCGUUAUACAAAUGUAACUUUUCUGGCCAAAUACCUCAAGAUCUAUUUAACCUAACUCAAUUGAGAGUCAUAUAUCUUCAAUAUAAUAACUUCAUUGGUACGUUGGAGCUCAGCUCAUUUUGGAAACUACCAGACCUAUUUUCUUUGAAUCUUUCCAACAACAAACUAUCAGUUGUAGAUGGUGAGAAAAAUAAUUCUUCAUGGGUGUCCAUAAACUAUUUCUACACCUUGCGCCUAGCAUAUUGUAACAUAUCCAAUUUCCCUAGUGCCUUGAGUCUCAUGCCUUGGGUUGGAAAUCUUGAUCUUUCAGGAAAUCAGAUCCAUGGUACUAUACCUCAGUGGGCGUGGGAAACUUCGAGCGAGUUGUUUAUCCUCAACUUAUUACACAACAAAUUCGACAAUAUAGGAUAUAAUUAUCUUCCAUUUUACUUAGAGAUUGUUGAUCUCAGUUAUAACUUAUUCCAAGGACCCAUACCUAUAACUGGACCUGACACUUGGUUGCUCGAUUGCUCAAACAACCGGUUCUCAUCCAUGCCAUUUAACUUCAGUUCCCAGCUUAGUGGGAUGUCCUAUCUCAUGGCCUCCAGAAACAACCUAUCUGGAGAAAUUCCACUCUCAAUUUGUGAUGCAAGGGACAUUCUGCUCCUUGAUCUUUCUUACAACAAUUUAAGUGGCUUGAUUCCACUUUGUUUACUGGAGGAUAUCAAUUCCCUUAGUGUGUUCAACUUGAAAGCAAAUCAACUUCAUGGUGAGUUACCUCGUAAUAUCAAGAAAGGAUGUGCAUUAGAGGCAUUAGAUUUCAGUGAGAACAUGUUUGAAGGACAACUACCCACAUCUCUAGUUGCUUGCAGAGAUUUGGAGGUUUUAGACAUUGGAAAUAAUCAGAUUAGCGGUGGUUUUCCAUGUUGGGCUAGUAUGCUUCCUAAACUUCAGGUUCUUGUCCUGAAGUCCAACAAGUUCACCGGAGAGGUGGGGUCUUCUGCCAUCGAAAAAGAUAACACUUGCGAAUUUGCAAAUCUACGGAUUCUUGAUUUGGCUUCAAACAACUUUUCUGGUACUCUACAUCACAAGUGGUUGAAAAGGUUAAAAUCCAUGAUGGAGACAUCUUCUAGUGCGACAUUGCUUAUGCAAUAUCAGCACAACGUGCAUAGUACAACAUAUCAGUUUUCUACUUCAAUCGCAUAUAAAGGGUAUGAAGUCACAUUUACAAAAAUCUUGAGGACCCUUGUAGUCAUCGAUGUUUCAGACAAUGCACUCCAUGGUAGCAUUCCCAAGUCAAUUGGAGAGCUCGUUCUCCUCCGUGGGCUAAACAUGUCACAUAAUGCCCUCACAGGACCAAUUCCAUCUCAGCUUGGUGCUCUGCAUGAACUCGAGUCAUUGGACCUCUCAUCAAAUGAUCUUUCAGGGGAGAUUCCACAGGAGUUAGCACAGCUACACUUCCUCUCAGUGCUGAACCUGUCCUACAACGGUUUGGUUGGGAGAAUACCAGAUUCACCCCAGUUCUCGAACAAUCUCUCCUAUCUGGGGAACAUUGGUCUAUGUGGGUUUCCAUUGUCCAAGGAAUGCAGCAACAUGACAACACCACCAAGCUCACAUCCUUCAGAGGAAAAACAUGUGGAUGUUAUACUGUUCCUCUUUGUUGGACUUGGAGUUGGCAUCGGGUUUGCAGUUAUAAUCGUUGUGACAUGGGGAAUCCGCAUCAAGAAAAGGUCCCAAGACAGCAGAUUUCCGUUUUGGAAAAAAGUUCUCUGUAUGUAAGAUUACUUGUUAGCUGAAAAAACGUAUAUGCUUUAGUUACCACAGCUACGUUAAAACUAUGAGCAAUUCUACGGUUCUUAAGGAGGUAUCAUGAGGUACCAAAAUUUUAGUACCUCAUAGUACCUAGGUACCAAGAGGUACCAAAUUUACAAUAGAAAAAAUGGUACCUCAUGGUAUCUCCUCAAGUACCGUAAAAUUGCUCUAAAACUAUAGUGAAGCUGUAGUGAUGCUUUCAGGUUCUUGUAUGUUGUAUCCAUGAAUUGUGAUGAGUUGGUUACGUUGUUUGUUCCAUGACAACGUAUAAUGAAUAUGUAUUUGGGAAUAUAUUUUGUUUUAUUAGAUUGUUUA